GCAGGAGGGCAUCAGAGCAUCCCAGGCAGGGAGGCACAGGAGCCCCGGGCCAGCAUCAGCCCUGCUGACGGUGCCGUGGUCCCCCUGCAGCCCAGCGGCACUCGCAUUCCCAUGGAGAUAGCCAUGUUGAGGAAGGUGCGCUCCGGCUGCAGUGCCAUCAUCCAGCUCCUCAGUUGGUUUGAGCUGCCCCACUCCUUUGUGCUGGUUCUGGAGCGUCCGGAGCCAUCGCAGGACCUCUCCGACUUCAUCAAAAAAUGGAGGUUCCUGCCCGAGGAUCUGGCGCGGGGCAUUUUCCUCCAGGUGCUGGUGGCUGUGCGGCACUGCCACAGCUGCGGUGUCCUGCACAGGGAUAUCAAGCCCAAGAACAUCAUCAUCAACUUGGCCACCAGAGAGGUCAAGCUUAUUGACUUUGGUUGCAGCACCCUCCUCAGGGACACGGUCUACACCAAAUUUAGCGGAACACCUUUGUACUACCCGCCGGAGUGGUUCCGCUGGCACUGCUACCACGGCCGUCCGGCAGCGAUCUGGUCCCUGGGCGUGCUGCUGUAUGAGAUGGUGUGCGGGGUCCUCCCCUUCCGGUGCUGCGAGGACAUCGUCAGCGGGCAGCUCUUCUUCCAGCGCCGGAUCUCUGUCGAAUGCCAGCACCUCAUCAGGUGGUGCUUGUCCAUGAGAGCUCGCGACAGGCCAUCCCUGGACGAUGUGUUCAACCACCCUUGGCUGCAAACAUCCACUGCCCCAGGAGACAGCCGCCCUCCACCCUCACAGCCUGAGCCAGCAGCUGGGCAAUGAGGAGAGACAAGAUCUGACAGCAAAGCAACAGACAAAGCGGCUACUCCAACACCAGCCACGAGCACUGCAGCUACUCCAACACCAGCCACAACCACUGCGGUGACACCAACAAUGGCAACAGGCACCGUGGCUACUCCAAUGGCAAGGACUGUCACUACAGCUACAACUCCAGCAACAUGCACUGCUGCUAUUCCAACCAGGGCAAAAAAAGCAGUGUGGCUACUCCAAACUCAGUGACAAGCAGUGAGGCUUCUCAAACCCAAGCCACAAGCACUGCAGGUACUACAAAUACAGCGACAGACACAUCGGCCACUCAAACGCCGAGGACAGGCACUGUGGCUGGUGCGACCCAAUUCAACAUGCCCUGCAGUUAAUCCAGCCCCAGGCACAAGGACUGCAGUUACUCCACCACCAGUUUUAAGCUCUGCAGCUACUCUAUCUCUGGGAAGGAGCAAUGGCGCUACUCUAAGGCCUGCUAUGUAUACAGUGGCUACGACAACCCCAGCCGCAAACACUGCAGCUACUCCAGUGCAAGCCACAACCAC